UUGGGGUUGCACUGCACUAGCACUAGUACUGCGGACUGGCGCGACACGCAUUAGUACAAUAGGCCACAAAUUACAAAUUCAAUACAUUGCCAUAAAAGUCUCUUCGUGUGUCCCAUCCUCCAUGACAUGUCCUAUGAUUAUUUGUACAGAACCGUAAGUUUCCAGUAACACACAUCGAAAAAGUCAGCGUCGUUACAGUCUUAAGUUAAAAGGUCCAUCUUCACGUGGAAGUUUGCUGUGAUGGGUGAUGUCAAAAAUUUUCUGUACAGUUUCUGUGGCAAGAAGAAGGUGACCCCAGACUAUGAGAUCAAGAACUCUGGCCCCAAACAUCGGCAGAGGUUUUUGUGUGAAGUUCGAGUGCCUGGCUACAAUUACGUUGGAGCAGGGAACUCCACAGGGAAGAAAGAUGCUCAGACCAAUGCUGCUAAAGACUUUUUACUGUACCUGGUACGAGUAGGAGAAGUCAGGGAAUCAGACAUACCAACAUUAGCACUGCCCACACAUGAAGAAAGUCAACCCCCAUGUGAACUGCCAACAGGAGUGUCCCUGGCCCCUCACCUUGCUGUUGGAGAUUUAGCAUACCCUCCAAAAGGUGGUCCCAAUAUUGGACAGGAAGAUCAAAGGGAUAGUGGACUGCCAUCCUACCAGCGGAAUUUCUUUGAUAGGAGAGGGGAGAAGAGGAACAUUGAAGAGUCUGAAAACUUAGAUCUGAAUGCUGGUAUCCAUGGCAACUGGACACUAUCUAAUGCAAAGUCACGUCUGCACCAGUAUCUCCAGGUGAACCGUCUACCAGCUGAAUACAAGUACUCAUCAGUCGGUCAAGACCACAACAGGAGUUAUGUGGCAGAGCUAUCCCUCUACAUCAAGUCAUGCCGACGCACCAUCCAUGCUAGGGAGCAAGGGUCCAACAAGAAAACAGCAUCACUGUCUUGUGCCCUCUCUCUUGUCAGACAGCUGUAUCAUAUGGGAGAGAUUGAAGCUUUCACAGGACAAACCAAGAAACGAAAGACUGAAAAUCUUGAGCCUUAUAAUGUGGCCUUAGUUGGAGAAGUGGAGGCCAAACUAACAGAUGUACUUGAUCAGCUGAAACUACAUUUUGCUCCAGAGCCUGUUGGUAUGAUUGAACCUGUCCUGCUUACUGUGGAGAAGAAUGAACAGACUUUUGAGAACCCAGAGGGCCCCAGGGGUGCUUAUGGAGUCUCCUGGUCACCCCCUCAACCCAACUGGAAUCCAUGGCUCAACUGUAACAUUGAUGAGGGGCCAUUAGCACAAAUGACAUUGGAAGAUGUCAGCAAAGAACUCUAUCAGGACUCGCAGCAUAAAAGGCAGGAUCUCAGGUUUCAAAAGAUGUUGGAAGAACGACAUUCCCUACCCAUCUUUGAGACCCAGCAGAUUAUUGUGGACACCAUUGCUUGCAACCCUGUGGUUAUCAUCCGUGGAGCCACUGGCUGUGGCAAAACUACACAGGUCCCCCAGUUCAUCCUGGACAGCUUUAUUGAGAGAAUGAGGGGAGCUUUCUGCAACAUCAUUGUCACCCAGCCUCGUAGGAUUAGUGCUGUGUCCAUUGCUGAGCGAGUUGCUGUUGAGAGAGGGGAAGAUCUUGGCAUUAGCUCUGGUUACUCAGUGCGAUUUGAUACAGUAAGGCCACGCCCUCAAGGGGCAGUGCUCUUCUGUACUGUUGGUACUCUACUUCGGAAGUUGGAGGCUGGUCUGAGAGGUGUGUCCCAUGUUAUUGUGGAUGAAAUUCAUGAACGAGAUCUUAACACUGAUUUUCUGCUAGUGGUCCUACGUGACAUGCAGAGAGCCUUUCCAGAGAUGCGCAUCAUUCUGAUGUCAGCUACCAUUGAUACUACCAUGUUCAGUCAGUACUUUGGUGACUGCCCUAUUGUUGAAGUCUAUGGGCGAUCAUAUCCUGUGCAAGAAUAUUAUCUGGAGGAUAUUGUCCAGAUGUUGAACUUUGUUCCACCUGCCAACAUAAGGAAAAAUAAAAACAAGAAGGAUGAUGAUGAUGAAGAGGAAGCUGAAGAUGAAUUCAGUGAGAACCUAAACAAGCAAGUUUCCACUCAGUAUUCAGAACGAACCCGUAAUGCUAUGGCACAGAUGAGUGAGAAGGAGAUGAACUUUGACCUAAUUGAGGCAUUGCUGACCUACAUCAAGAACCUCAAUGUGCCUGGUGCUGUCCUUGUGUUUCUGCCUGGUUGGAACUGGAUCUUUGCCCUAAUGAGGCACUUACAAGAACAUCCAAAAUUUGGUAACCGUGACUACUUGAUCCUGCCAUUGCAUUCUCAGAUUCCCAGGGAGGACCAGCACCGAGUCUUUGAAUCAGUACCAAAGGAAGUGACAAAGAUCAUUUUGUCCACCAACAUUGCUGAGACCAGCAUCACCAUUAAUGAUGUGGUGUAUGUGAUUGACAUCUGCAAAGCUAAGACAAAGCUUUUUACAUCCCACAACAACAUGACCAAUUAUGCCACCAUCUGGGCAUCCAAGACCAACCUGGAACAACGGCGUGGCAGGGCUGGUCGUGUGCGCCCAGGUUUCGCAUUCCACCUUUGCAGCCGGGCACGCUUUGACAAACUAGAAGAGUAUACCACUCCAGAAAUCUUUCGUACUCCUCUCAAUGAACUGGCCCUGACAAUCAAAUUGUUACGACUGGGCAACAUAGCAGACUUCUUGAACAAGGCUAUUGAACCACCACCCCUGGAUUCAGUUGUGGAAGCUGUAGCUGCCUUGAAAGAUAUGCAUGCAUUGGAUAUGCAAGAAGAGUUGACUCCUCUUGGUAAGAUUCUUGCCAAGAUGCCUAUGGAGCCUAAGUUGGGCAAGAUGAUCAUACUUGGCUGCUGCUUGUUUGUUGGAGAUGCCAUGAGCAUAAUAGCAGCCAGCACAGUUUUCUCAGAGCCUUUCAUCACCCACAUGGGCAAGGUGACUAACUUACACAAGUCAUACUGUGGCAUUCGUCACAGUGACCACGUCGCUGUACUGGGAUGCUUUCAAGAAUGGGAACAGACUCUGUCCAAUGGGGGUGAAGAUGGUGCUAUGAAUUACUGUGAUCGCAAACAGCUGCAGAUGACCUCCCUUCGUAUGAUCUACGAAGCUAAGAAUCAACUAAAGGAUAUCCUAGUAAUGGAAGGAUUUCCAGAACAAUGCCUGGAGCCAGAGUACUUCAACUUUGGGGGACCAGACAUAAAGCUAGAGGUGGUUGUCAGCCUUCUGGCCAUGGGCCUGUCUCCAAACAUUUGCUACCAUAAAGAGAAGCGCAAGUUACUGACUACAGAGAACAAGGCAGCCCUCAUCCACAAAUCAUCUGUUAACUUCAGCAAGUUUGACCAGACAUUCCCUUCACCAUUUUUUGUCUUCACAGAAAAGAUCCGCACACGUGCUGUGUCUGCCAAGGGAAUGACUAUGGUGUCUCCACUGCAGCUGCUAUUGUUUGGUGCAAGGUCCAUUGAAUCUUGUGAUGGUUUGAUCAGGCUUGAUGAUUGGAUUCAACUUCGCAUGCCUCAUGCCUCAGCAGCCAAGAUUGUGGCCUUGCGGCCAGCAAUUGAAGCCCUGAUCUUUAACAUGACAGCUAACCCUGACAGCAUAAUGUCGCCAUCUACUCAGGAUGAAAUGCUACUUAAUAUCAUUCGUGAGUUAUCCUCAGCCAAGGCUGGAUUCUUUGGAAAUCCCCCAGAGGAUUCAGGACAACAGGGACGAGGCAGAGAUCAACCAGGACCAUCUCGAUUCAGAUUUUCGACCCCACCUGGCUACUCUGGAGGCCAAAGAGGUGACAGGGGUAGCAGGAGCUUCAGGGAUCACUUCAGAGGGGGAAGAGGGGGUGGAGAGUAUGAAGGUAGAGGAAACUUUGGGGGUGGUAGGGAACAUGGCUUUAGGGGAGUUGGCUACAGUGCUGGGAGGCAGGGAUUUCGGGGAGACAGAGGAAGAUUCAGUGGGUUUAGAGGCUACCGAGGUGGUAGGGGGAGGGGUGGAGGUGGUUUCAGAGGUGGGUACCAAGGGGGUUGGUAGAGGUAAAUGGUGAAAUAAAGGAAAAUAACCUUAGAUAAUGAAGAGUGUACGUCACAAGGUGAAAAAGAUGAAAAACAGAGAUCUGAAUCCCAGGAAAAUGUCAUGUAACUCUUAUAUAUCCAGUUAAAUUUUCUCAUGAUCAGGAACAUAUUGAAAAAUGGUACAUGUAAGGAGUACAGUGGCAUUUAAUGAAAAAGUAGAGUAUGCAUUUGCAGUAUUUCAUAAUUUGUAGGUCUUACAAGUGUAUCACAAAGAUAAAGAACAAUCAAAAUAUUGAUCGGUUCACUGAUGUGACAUUUGAAUAAAUGAAUAGGGUUGAGAUGACAGCUGCAUGUUGGCAAAUCUAGAGGAGACUGACAAAUAGAAGAGGAAACAUGAAGUCUCAGAAUUAACUUUUCUUUGUUGUUUUUUAUUUUGGGGUGGUUUAGUGUAUUUGCUUCUUGUUUGGAUUUCUUUUAUAACCUUUUUGCUUUGCGUGGUCUUGAUUUUUGCUGUGGGAUUUGUAGAAUCUGCUUAAACUGAUUUGUAUUGUGGUUGAUUUUUGUUGAUUAAUUUAAUGUUCCACUCAUAUGGUGCAUUGUUCAUGUUUUUAUAUUAAAAUUGUUGAAUGGUUGAUACUCUUUAUCUUGAUGAAGCUCUCUUUUCUAGAUACAUCUAGUUGCCUGAUAUUAGGCCAACAACUUUUCUUGGUUUCAAUGGUAUAUGUUUGAAAUGAUUUGUGAGCCUGAGAUUAGUCCAAAGCGGAAACAUAACUAAGAUUUGAACUUGUAUCUGCAGUAAUAAUAUGCUUGCUGUACAGAAUGUGCCAGCAUUUGGUAACCUUAGGGGAUGUCAUCACACAGGUGAACUGGGUACUGGUCUGAAUUUUUAAUAGUUACAAAUAUUAAACUGAAAGUGUGCUUGUGAUCUUGAACAAAAUUUUGAUACUGCACAAAAUAAGUGCUUGGUGACAUAUUGGGUCUUAAAUAAAACUUUGCCCUUUUGCAUAAUUCAGUGUUGACAUUCUAGUAUUACGCCACCGUUUGAUCUUAGAAAAAGUUUGCUCUAUAAAAAAGUUCAUUUUGAUUAAAAGAAGUUUGAAUGCGCCUUUGAAAAAUAGCAUUGGUCUUAAAUUGAUUCCUUGUCAUUCUCUGUAUAUAAGAUUUUGGUUGUAUUUUAUGAUUAUCUCUGCAACACCUAAUCAAAUUUAAAUGACAUUUUGAGUGUGUCAGUUUUGAAAAGAUGACACACAGUAAGUGUCAUUCGACACUAAAAACAAUAAUUCCUGACAAUUAUUUUGGGGAGAAAACAAAUGUUUCUCUAGGACCAGGGGAAAGUUCCCAGUUUGUAUCUCUCUUAAAUGUGGUAAAAAUUUACUACAAUUUCUUUUUCUAGGGGGGUGGGAGGCAGUAAUAUCAACGUAGCUGUGUAGUGUAAACUGCCCAGUAAAACAGACCACAUAAUUUUUCCCUCGAAGCAGUGUCCAGCUCAUGUGAGUCAGAAUUUCACAGAGGCAAAACUCGGCUAUAUAUCAGAGCAGGCUGAGUGUAACCGUAACAUUGCAUAUGUGCACUACACGUAUGUGUACUUAAUUGCUUCGGUUAAUUUUGUUUUCAUUGUUUAUAUUUGUAAAGGUUGUAGAUCUUAUGGAAACCCUUGAAUGGCUAUUAUACAUUACUUAAUAGUGUACUGCUUACAAAGUACCUGUAAGUUAGGAUAUAGAUUAAAUGACCAAUAUCGGAUACAUGUUAACUUGAUUAAUUUAGCCAUGGACUUUGUAAAGUGUUAGAAAUAAGAAAUCCCCUUUAAACAAUGAUUAAGUUCCAAGAAUAGAUUGUUUAUCAUAAAUACGUAGUAAUAAGUAAAAAGUAGUAAUUGAGCCAGGUAGAACUGA